AUUUCAUAACCCCCAUCCACUUCAAAAGCAUAAUUGGGGAAAAAAAAAUGAAGUUUUGCUUAGUGUUAGCAUUGUUUUCGAUCGUGAUAUUAGCAUCCCAAGCACAAGAGCAAUGUGGGCACCAAGCCGGCGGAGCAUUAUGCCCAGGCGGACUAUGUUGCAGCCAAUACGGCUUUUGUGGCGACGAGCCUGAAUACUGUUCGCCAAGUUCCGGCUGCCAGAGCCAGUGUUCCUCCUCCUCCGGCGGCGGCGGCGGCGGCGGCGAUGUUAGUAGCAUAAUCAGCCAGGCUAUUUUCGAUGACAUGCUCAAGUAUCGCGACGAUUCACGCUGCCACGCCCCAUGGUUUUACACCUACGACGCCUUCAUCGCCGCCGCGAAAUCCUUCGGAGAAUUUGCGACGACUGGGGAUUUGGAUACUAGGAAGAGAGAAGUUGCCGCUUUCUUGGGCCAAACCUCCCAUGAGACUACUGGUGGGUGGGAUGCUGCACCAGAUGGUCGGUAUGCAUGGGGAUAUUGCUUUUUACGAGAGGGCACAGAUGAUCCUUAUUGCAAUGUAACUCAAGAGUGGUCAUGUGCUCCCGGCCAGAAAUAUUUUGGACGUGGUCCUAUCCAAAUUUCUUACAACUACAACUAUGGUGCCGCCGGGAAAGCUCUUGGAUAUGAUUUGAUAAGUAACCCGGACCUUGUAGCGACGGACCCAACGGUUUCUUUCAAGACAGCAUUCUGGUUCUGGAUGACACCUCAGGGAGCCAAGCCAUCUUGCCACGACGUGAUCACCGGAAAAUGGAGUCCGUCGCCGCCUGACACGGCGGCGGGGCGUGUUCCGGGGUACGGACUGGUCACCAACAUCAUCAACGGUGGGGUUGAGUGUGGGCCGGCGGGCGAGCAUGAUAAAGAAGCGGACCGGAUUGGGUUCUACAAGCGCUAUUGCGACAUAUUUAGUGUAGGCUAUGGUGACAAUUUGGACUGCUCCACUCAAACUCCUUAUAGUCCAUAGGAGUUAUUAGUGACUUUAUAAAGAAAUAAAAUCAUCUCUAUGUCUUGAAAAAAAAAAAAAAGUAGUGGGGGUAUUAAUAUUCCAGUAAGAAUAUUUAAAAUAAUAUACAGAGUAUAUAUUUUGCGUAUACUUAUGAUAUUA